AUGAGGGAGAUAAAACGCGAAGUUAACAGAUGGAAGAAUGAUGCAGAGACUGUUGCCAACAAGGCGUGCGGCAUGCUGGAUAACGAGGGAAGAGCCGAGAAAACUUGCUUCUGCGGGUGGCUUCCCAACCCAAAGGAGCGUUAUUGUCUCGGCAGGGACGCGAGGAAGACAGCCCAGGCCAUCCAGGCACUCAUCCCACAAGGUAAAUUCGAGAGCGUCUACUAUGAGAGUGCUCCGCCGGGGCGUGUCACUGGCACUCCCGAUGUGAAUUCCUCAGCCGGUGAUGGGGGCGACACUAUCGCAGACUCGCGAGCUUCCGUCUUUCAGGGCAUAAUGAAAGCUCUGGAUGAUGAGAAGCUAAGAGUGAUUGGGGUCUACGGGCCUGGCGGCGUGGGGAAGACUACGCUAUUGGAGGAAGUCGAGAAGAAACUCAGGAAAGUGAAGGGACCGUUCCACAUGAUCGUCAAAGCAAAAGUGUCGCAGAUUCCUGUCUCGAAGAAUAUCCAAGAUGAGAUCGCUGACGCCUUGAAACUGGAUCUGAAGGACGUGCAAAGCGAAAGCGGCAGAGCAAAUCGUCUGUUGGAGAGAUUACAGUGGGAUCCAAGUGAGAAGGUUCUCAUAAUAUUGGAUGACCUAUGGGGGGAACUUGAUUUGAAAGCGGUUGGAAUUCCUUCAAAAGACAUGAGCGGGAAAUGCAAAUUGUUGCUCGCAUCUAGAUUCAAGGAUGUGCUGGAGCAGAAGAUGCUUGCUGAUCGAACAUUUUUUCUUGGAGGCCUAAACGAUGACGAAGCUUUCAGGCUAUUUGAAAAGACGGUCGGCGACAGGCUCCAAGGCGAGGAGGAAUUGAAAGUAAUAGCGGCUCAAGUGGUGAAGAAGCUUGCAGGUUUGCCUCUUUUGAUUAUCUCCGUUGCAAGCACCUUGAAAAAUAGGGGUGUGUCUGCAUGGAAAAACGCUUUGACAAAAAUAGAUGUGAAAAAAAUGGAAACCAUAGUGAAGUUGAGUUACGACCAUUUGGAGAGCGAGGACGAGAGGUCUUUAUUCUUGCUCUGUGGUUUUAUCGGCGGGACCAUUUCAGUUGAAAUUCUACUUGGACUAGGCAUGGGGUUGGGCUUCUUUGAGGGAUACAAUAAGACGAUACAAAGUUCAAGGGAUAGAUUGAAUGCUAUGCUCGAAAGCCUCCAUUCCAUUUGUUUGUUGCAGGAUUGGGGCAAUGACGAGGACAAUGUGACCAUACAUGAUCUUUACAGUGAGGUGGUUGUCUCAAUUCCAUUUAGAGGUCAGAAUUCUCUUAUGAUGAAUAGCAAUUAUGGCUCGUGGUCAAAGGAAAAGCUCGAGAACUGUUGGGCAAUAUGCCAAGUUAAUGCUGUGAGUGAUGGGCUCACUAAACUAAUGACAUGUCAAUUUCCCUACUUGAAGAUACUCAUUUUGUCUUACUUUAGAGACUGGUGGAUGAACCUAUGUGAUGAAGGAGAUAGUUGUAGACUAGAUUUCGUACGCAUGAAGGAGCUCCAAGUCCUGUAUCUUGACUCCAUUGGUUUCACCACUUUACCUUCCUCGAUCAGAAUCCUCGAGAACCUCCGAUCAUUAUAUUUUACCAAUUGCCUUUUGAGGGAUGUGGCAAUUAUUGGCAAGCUCAAAGCAUUGCAGAUCCUUAGCUUCGAAUGUGGUUUAAUUCCUGGGUUCCCUAAAGAAAUCGGGGAACUGACGAAUCUGAGAUCAUUGAGUCUAAAAAAAUGCAUCAUGCAUUACGCAUUCGAGCCCAAUGUCUUGAAAGGCUUAAUCAACUUGGAAGAGUUAUAUAUGAGGGAAAACUCUUAUCAAUGGAUGGAUGAGGAUGAAAUACUGUCGGAAGGUAGGCUUACCGAGUUGAAGAGCUUGACAAAGCUAACUUCCCUGGAAAUAUCAAUCUAUGGUCCCACCGUACUCUCCAUGGAUGGUGACCUACCAUUUAAGAACCUGAACAGAUUUUGGAUUCACAUAGGAAUUGCAUCGAUAAGUAGGGAACUUAAAGGUUUGAGAACCAUGAUGCUCAAUUUGGAAGGGUGCAAUAGUAUUCUUUCAAAAGAAUGGGUCCAGAAAACUCUACAAAAGACUCAAUAUUUAUGUUUGGAAGGAUUGAGAGAGUUCAAGAAGAACGCUUGCGAGUUGUGCAUCCAAGGAUUUCCGCAACUGAAGCAUCUCGACAUUCAAAACAGCCCAUCAAUAAAGUAUAUUGCUAGUUCAUCCAAUAGUGCUUUUACAAUUUUAGAGUCUUUGUUCCUCAAUUAUCUUAUCAAUCUGGAGAAGAUAUGCCAUGGCCACAUCGCCUCCAAGUGCUUCAGCCAACUAAAAGUUGUGACAGUCAAAGAUUGCAACCGAUUGAAAUAUUUGUGGUGUUCUUCACAAAUGCAAAACCUUGUACACUUAGAAGAGAUUAAAGUAUGGACAUGUGACUCAAUUCUAGCCAUUGCAAGAAAAGAUAUGGUCCCUGAUGAUUACAGAGUUGAGUUGCGUUACCUACGUUGCCUGGAUUUGGUUAAGUUACCAAAUAUGACAAGCUUUUGCAUAGGAGAUGAAAUUACAUCAAAAGGUGUUCCAAUUCAGGCAAAGGUUGUGGAUGGAAGAGGAGGAGAUGAAGGGACAGAGUCAGUAACCACUACUUCAGAUUUACAGAAUACUUAUUCAGAUUCCUUCUUCGAUGGAAAGGUCACAUUUCCCAAUCUAAGAAAUCUAGAAAUUGAAGGCGUUCCAUGCAAAGAGCUAUGGAACGAUAAUGUUCCGGCGGAUACCAUUGUUUCUUCCCAGCGAAUCCUUUUGGAAAAUGUCAAGGUUAAAAACUGUCCAUCCUUGAAAUCGUUGUUUGAUUUUGGGUCCCUAGAUUUAGAUACGGAACAAAACGCGAUAUUGCUCCUUGAAUUGGUAAGGAUCGACGUUGAAAGAUGUCCCUCCCUGGAAUUAUUGUUUAAUUGUGGGUCCCUUGAUUCAAAUGCGGAGCACAAAAUUAUAUCGCUCUCCAAAUUGGAGACAGUGAGGAUGAAGGAAGUGAUUCUUGAGAAAGAAGCUAGCCGAUCAGAGGCUGAAGUGAUGACUUUCUCUUGCUUGAGCAAAUUAACACUUGAGGAUCUCGAUAACCUUAUUAGUUUCAGUUCAGGAAGUUGUCCGUAUUACUUUUCCUCCUUAGAAGAUCUAAGAAUUGUGGGGUGCGGUAACUUUGGAGCGUUCAUCCCGAGUCCCACGAGUGUCAAGAGGCGGCUAGGCGAGACAGUUGAAGAAGAUGAAUCACCACAACCGCUGUUCAAUGAGAUGGUCACAUUUCCCAAUCUAAGAAAUCUAGAAAUUGAAGGCGUUCCAUGUAACGAGCUAUGGAACGAUAAUGUUCUUGCGGAUUCCAUUGUUUCUUCCCAGCAAUUCCUUUGCAAAAUGUCAAGGUUAAAAACUGUCCAUUCUUGA